CUUCAAUGACCGAUUACUCCGUUUUCUAUGAAUGAACUUUUGAUUUAUUUAAGCAAGUAUUAUAAGUUUUGAGUACAUGCUGUGGAGAGAAACGGAAUAUGAUAUUUCUCGAAGAAUUAGGAAGGUGUACUACAACAAAUGAGACAUGUCCAAAUUGCGGACAACCUACAAACACAUCCUUUUCAAGACUUGUGAAAGAUACUUGUGGCCACACCAAAUGCCGAAUGUGCUUGCUGUAUGAGGAGCAUGGUUGUAAGAUCUGUCAAACCCAACACUGUGUUCAAAGAGAAGAAGAGCCACACAUCGCAAAUGAAGAGCAAAGUGAAAUAAGAAUAUCACCAUCUGAAGCAAUCGUAUUGCCGUUAGAAUUAGUCAUCAACAAGGAUUCCAAGACUAAGGAAAAUCAUUUGGAUUCAAACUCCACUGAAUGCGGAUCAUUGAAUCUCUAUGAGAACAUCACUUUUGAUAACAACGAAGGAACCUAUGGAUCUGUAACAAAUGACGCAGUCACUAAUAAUACAGUCACCAAUGAAGCAGUCACUAAUUACAUAAUCACUAAUGACAAUUCCAGCGAAACAUACAUUCCAAGACUAGAAUCUUAUGAUGUAGCGUUAAACAUUGAGAACCAUUUAAGAAAUGACAACGAUCAUAAUUCGCAGAAUCUGCAAAAUCAACAUGUAAAAAAUGACGAUCAGUCAAAACUGAAAAAUAGUGAGGAAAUGGUUGUGGAGAAAAACAAAAAUGUUAAACGUAAUAAUCGUAGUCAUAUAACAAUACUGCCGGGCACUCCAGAAAGAUAUAAGUGUAAUGUAUGUGGUAAGAUCUUUCGCAACAAGAAGGGCAAAUGCUAUCAUGAUGCCUGUGUAACAGGUAUCAAGCCUUAUCAAUGUACCUUAUGCGACAAGAGCUUCGUUAAACGCUCUCAUUUCGAGUAUCAUGAGAGAGUCCAUAGAGGGUAUAAGCCAUACAAGUGCAACCUCUGUGACAAGGCUUUCCCUCAGCAGAAUAAGCUCAAUAGACAUAUGUUUUCUCAUAGCAAGGAGAAGCAAUUUCCAUGUUCCGAAUGUAAUAAACGGUAUAGUAAAAAGGAUGAUUUAAAAAAUCAUUUAAGCAUACACAAUUCAACGGCUAUAUAUAAAUGCAAGUCCUGUGACAAGUCUUUCUGCAUAUUAACUAAUCUGAAACGCCACAUGCAAACACAUACAAACGAACGGCCGCACAGGUGUGAUCAGUGCAACAAAAGUUUCAAAGAAAAAUCUUUGUUAAUACGGCAUAAACGGACUCAUGGGAAAGAAAGGCCAUUCUCUUGCGCUCACUGUAAUAAAGUUUUCUUGUCAAAGAGCGAAUUGAGACGGCACUUAACUGUGCAUUCAGACGAGAAACCAUUUUCCUGCGAAUACUGCCAGACCCUGUUUAGACGUAAGGACAACUUGAAUCGACACAUCAGGCACCAUCAUACCGAGGAUAAUUGCGAGGUGAGCAAAACGCCAGUCGUUGAAGUAGACCCGUCCUGUUCAGCAAAGAAUAAUCAACAACGACAGAAACAGAAGUCGAAGAAGACACAGUCGAAGAACACCGGUAAAAUAAACACGACACCCGUGAGCUCUGAUGAUCAGAUCAACUCACGGCUUGACUCCAUGGGCAAUAUCACGCCUGUAAUAAGAGCUACUAAUGAAGUGAGUAAUGCAGUACCAGUGAUCAAUGGACCCAUUAAUAUCAGACGGCUCGAGGAUAGAACCGACAGGAAGAUAUUUACAUACACAGAACCGAUUCCGAUUGCUGAAGCAGUGGUGCUUAACUGUCGGAUCGAGGAGAAGUUGUAUCCACAAAGUGCCAACAGCCACAAUUACUUUGUGCGUAACUACCUUAAAGACAGAAACUCCAAGGUGAAUUCGUAUCCUAACAAUAAACCAGCAUCGCAAGAAAAUCACAAUUCUGCAUCCUCACAAACUGAGACACUUUUUCCAAGAGUAACAAUGGAUCAGAGAGAUUCCACGGCUGACGUCUACAACGAGGGAGUUACAGGAUGCGAAGAAGAGGAUCAGGAUGAAAACGAAGAUGAAAGACAUUCUGAAAAAAGAAGGAAUUUUAUGGAUCACGAGAAUCCUGACACUAUUUCUGUCCAAGAAUCUAACUGCGUCUCUACGAUUAAAAAGCAUACUAUACAGUCGAAAGAAUGUACGAAAGUAAACUCAACGAAUAAUAGUAGUUCGGAUAUAACAACGAAUAAUACACUGCCACAGGAUUCUCAAAAUAGUUGCGGAAAGAAGCAAAGUGAUAUGCAUUGGAGACGCAGAAUUGCGGAGACACUAAAGCAAUGCUGA